AUGCUGGCCGCCCGUACUUUCGCUGCGCCCCUCCGGCAACAGUGCAUGCGCGCUGCUCCCCGCGCUGCCGCCGUUUCUCAGUUCCAGAACUCCAGAUUUUACUCGAGCGAGCGUGUCGCCAAGUUCCACGGUGUCAAGGACUCCAACGGCAACUACCCAGUCAGUUUGAUUGAGGGUGACGGUAUCGGUCCCGAGAUUUCUCAGGCCGUCAAGGAUAUCUUCGCCGCGGCGAAAGCUCCCGUCACCUGGGAACCCGUCGAUGUCACCCCCAUCCUCAAGGAUGGCAAGACUGCCAUCCCCGAUGCCGCCAUCGAGAGCAUCAAGCGCAACAAGGUUGCCCUCAAGGGACCUCUCGCCACCCCCAUUGGCAAGGGUCACGUCUCUCUGAACCUCACCCUCCGCCGUACCUUUAACCUGUUCGCCAACCUGCGCCCCUGCCGCUCUGUCGCCGGCUACAAGACUCCUUACGACAACGUCGACACAGUCCUGAUCCGCGAAAACACCGAGGGUGAAUACUCGGGCAUCGAACAUGUCGUCGUUGAUGGUGUCGUACAGUCCAUCAAGCUUAUUACCCGCGAGGCUUCCGAACGCGUCCUACGCUUCGCCUUCCAGCAGGCCCAGGAAAUCGGCCGCAAGAAGGUCCGCGUCGUCCACAAGGCCACCAUCAUGAAGAUGUCCGACGGUCUCUUCCUCAAGACUGGCCGCGAGGUCGCCAAGGACUACCCCGAUAUCGAAUUCGACGCCGAGCUGCUCGACAACACCUGCUUGAAGAUGGUCACCGACCCUCUCCCCUACAACGACAAGGUCCUCGUCAUGCCCAACCUGUACGGUGAUAUUCUUUCCGACAUGUGCGCCGGUCUGAUUGGUGGCCUCGGCCUCACCCCGUCCGGCAACAUCGGUGACGAGUGCUCCAUCUUCGAGGCCGUCCACGGUUCUGCUCCCGACAUCGCCGGCAAGGGCUUGGCUAACCCAACUGCCCUGUUGCUCAGCUCCAUGAUGAUGCUGCGCCACAUGAGCCUCGGCGAGUACGCCGACAGAAUUGAGAAGGCUGCUUUUGAUACCCUCGCGGAAGGAAAGGCCCUGACCGGAGACCUGGGCGGCAACGCCAAGACCCAUGAGUUCGCCGGCGCCAUCAUUUCUAAGUUGUAG